AUGACUGUCCCCAUCACUGAUCACCCCUCCAAGGAUCGAAUUGAACCCGGCUCUUUCAAUGUCCCCGUUGGGAAGUUCCCCCAAACUGCCUCCUCCACAUCUGUCGAUGCAGCCAAGGUCGCUUCAGAGGCGAUUGAUCGGUUGAAUAGUGCUCUAAAGCAGAAGAACUACAAGGCCGUCUCAGAUAUAUUUCUUGAGGACGCCUACUGGCGGGACCAUUUAGGUCUGUCGUGGGAUUACCGGACCAUCAAAGGCAGAGAGAACAUCGCCAGCUUCCUCGAGCAUUCCGCACGGCUGGCCCAGAUUGAUAUUGACCAGUCAUCGCCCUUCCGUGCGCCUCAUGUCGGCCCAAUUGAUGCGUUCGGUGAUGUCACCGGUGUGGAGUUCUUCACUACUUUCGCAAACGAUGUAGGGGGUGGAAGGGGCGUGGUCCGCAUGGCGGAGAAGGACGGCGUCUGGAAAAUCUUCACUAUCUUCACGGCCCUCCAGGAGCUCAAGGGGCAUGAGGAGGCUGUGAACACCGGUCGACCACUGGGUGUGCAGCACGGAGCGCAAUUAGGCAGAAAAAACUGGCAGGAUAGACGGAGCUCGGACUUGGAAUUUGAGGAAAAGAACCCAGUUGUCCUGGUCGUUGGUGCCGGUCAAUCCGGACUCACGGUUGCCGCUCGUCUCAAGAUGCUCGAUGUUGACACAUUGGUCAUUGAUGAGGAGGACCGCAUUGGAGACAAUUGGCGGCGGAGAUAUCACCAACUCGUGCUGCAUGACCCCGUGUGGUUCGAUCAUAUGCCGUACUUGCCCUUCCCUUCGAGUUGGCCUGUCUUCACCCCGAAGGACAAGCUAGCCGAGUUCUUCGAAGCGUAUGCCAAGCUUCUUGAACUCAACGUGUGGACGCGGACGAAGCUCAAAUCAUCUUCGUGGAGCGAUGAUAAAAAGCAGUGGACGGUCGUUCUUGAAAGACGACGAGACGACGGCUCGGUCGAGAGCCGUACCCUUCAUCCACAGCACGUCAUCCAAGCUACCGGCCAUUCCGGAAAAAAGAGUCUACCCCGGUUCAAGGGGAUGGAGUCGUUCAAGGGUGAUCGUCUCUGCCACAGCUCCGAUUUUACCGAAGCGAAUCCCGCUUCCAAGGGCAAGAAAGCGGUGGUCGUCGGAUCAGGUAACUCUGGCCACGACAUUGCGCAGGACUUUUACGAAAAAGGAUACGACGUCACGAUAGUGCAACGGAGCACCACAUGUGUGAUUUCAUCCGAAUCGAUUGUCGAGAUCGGGCUCAAGGGCCUCUACGAGGAGGGCGCCCCCCCGACCGAAGACUCGGACCUGUACCUGUGGAGCAUCCCUAGCGAGCUGUUCAAGGCGCAGCAGAUCAAGUUGACUGCCGCUCAGAAUCAACGCGAUGCCGCGAUCCUCCAAGCAUUGGACAAGGCCGGUUUCAAGAUCGAUAUGGGCUCGGACAACGCCGGUCUCCUGAUGAAGUACCUGUCGCGGGGCGGCGGCUACUACAUCAACGUGGGCGGCAGCCAGCUCAUCGCGGACGGCAAGAUAAAGGUCAAGCAGGGCCAGGAGAUCACCGAGGUCCUCCCUCACGGACUUCAGUUCGCAGAUGGCACGCAGCUGGAGGCGGACGAGAUCGUCUUUGCGACCGGCUACCAGAACAUGAAGACGCAAGCGCGGGCCAUCUUCGGUGACGAAGUCGCCGAUCCCAUCGAUAGCGUCUGGGGAUUCAAUGAGGAAGGCGAGAUGCGCACGAUCUGGCGGCAGAGCGGUCAUCCCGGAUUCUGGUUUAUGGGCGGCAACCUGGCGCUCUGCCGGUACUAUUCGCGGUUGUUGGCCUUGCAGAUCAAGGCCCUGGUGGAAGGCAUCACCAUCUAUGGAGCGAAGUAG